AUGAUGAUGAUUCCUACUUUCAUCCUCAUCGGGGCUAGCGAGACCAACCUGGGGCUGUACUCUGGACUGACGCUGUAUGCCAUAGAAGAGGCUGGCUGGCUGGCUGAUGCUGCUGCUGCUGCUGUUGUGGAUUUAAUUGCUCAUCUAUGUUCCUUUGUGCUAGCAACGGCAACCCUCCGAUCCGGCAGGCAGGUUGGUGGCAGCGAUGGCAGUGGCGGCGGCAGCGGUGGUGAGGUGGACGGCAGGGACGGAGGGGCGGUACAGGCUGCGGACAUCAAGGAGAAGAAGAACGUGCGGAGAAGCAAGGUGGCAUUCGGCAGUCUGAUCCUGGACCUGGUCGGCUUGACGGUGGUGAUGCCUCUGUCUCCUGCUCUCUUUGACUGUUACUCCAAGCACGACUCCAGCGGCUUGUAUUCCUCUGUGCUUUCCUGUGUGACUUAUUACCAGCAUAUCAUCGGCGUCCCUGCGAGGUUCCACUCUGUCUUGUUUUGGUGGUCAGGAGGUACAAGAGGCUGACAGAACUGACAAUCGAAGAUUAUGCUUUCUAACUGCAUGCCUCCCCUCCUCCCGCGGCCUCGCUGCACAAGACUUUCUUCUUUCUCUCACCCCUAUUCUGCCCACCUCUCUAACGCAAGAGUUAACCAGUAUUCUCAAUCAUUCAUCCCUUUCUCUGGUAAACUCUGGAACUCCCUGCCUGCUUCUGUGUUUCCACCUUCCUAUGACUUGAAUUCCUUGAAGAGGGAGGUUUCAAGACACUUAUCCAUCAGUUUUAGACUACUGCUUUUACCCUUUUAUGGGACUGGCAUUUCAGUGGGCAUAUUUUUCUCCCCUGGCCACUUCCGGUCUCCCUUAGCAGGCACACACACACACACACACACACACACACACACACACACACACACACACACACACACACACACACACACACACACACACACACACACACACACUAUGAAAGAAA